AUGGGGGAUCGUGGAGGAGUUGAUUGCAGGGACAGUUUGGACUGGGGCAGUCGAGCAACCAUGUCAGGAUUAAUAGCAAAAUCCCUUGGAGCAUCAGAUGCCAUUCACGAUAAUUACGAGAUUAAAGCAGGUCGAAAUACAGAGCAACUGGAAUAA